AUGUCUCAAUUGAAGGAUUUACAAACGAGAGUUUUACAUACUCCAUCUAAAUGGGGAGAACCAUUACAUGCACAUACCUUCCCAAUUUUCCAAACAUCAACAUAUCUUUUUGAUGAUACUCAAAUGGGAGCAGAUUUAUUUGGAGGAAAAAGAGAAGGACAUAUGUAUUCUCGUAUGGGAAAUCCAACCGUUGAAUAUUUUGAAGAACUUGUCAAUUCAUUAGAAGGAGGAGCUGGAACUGCAGCAUUUGGUUCAGGAAUGGGUGCUAUUCAUUCUGCAACAAUGGGACUUCUUAAAGCUGGUGAUCAUCUUAUUUCUGGUGAUACCCUUUAUGGAUGCAGUGUUGAAUUAUUUGGAAAUAGAUUUAAAGAUAUGGGUGUUGAUGUUUCAUUUGUUAAUACUGCCUCAGAUGAAGCUGUUGUAAAAGCAUGGAAACCAAAUACAAAGAUGGUUUAUUUAGAAUCACCAGCAAAUCCAACAUGCAAAAUUUCAGACAUUAAAGGAAUUGCUAAGAUUUGUCAUGAAAAAGGUGCUAUUUUGGUUGUUGAUUGUACUUUUACUACACCAGUAUUCCUUCCAGCUUUAGAACUUGGAGCAGAUGUUGUUCUUCAUUCAAUUACUAAAUAUAUUAAUGGACAUGGUGAUGUAGUUGGUGGUGUUGUUACAACUAAAUGCCCAGAACUUCUUCAAAAGAUUAAAGCAUUUAGAAAAGAUACUGGAUCAUUGAUGUCACCAAUGGACGCUUUCUUAUGUAUUCGUGGAGUUAAAACUCUUCCAAUGAGAAUGAAAGUUCAUAUGGAAAAUGGACUUAAAGUUGCAAAAUUCUUAGAACAACAUCCAAAAAUUAAACAAGUUAAUCAUCCAGGACUUGAAUCCUUCCCAGGUCAUAAAAUUGCUAUGGAACAAAUGAAAGGAUUCGGUUCUACUUUCUCAUUUGAAAUGCAAUCAUUUGAAGCUGCUAAAAAACUUAUGGAACAUGUUAAAUUAUGUGGAUUAGCUGUUUCUCUUGGAACUUUAGAUACUCUCAUUGAACAUCCUGCUUCAAUGACUCAUGCUGCUGUUCCAGAACAUCUUCUUAAACAACAAGGUUUAACUAGAGAACUUGUAAGAAUUUCAGUUGGAUUAGAAAAUCCAGACGAUAUCAUUGCCGAUUUGAAACAAGCUCUUGAACAAUGCUAA